AUGCCCCGGCCGCUCUCCGCGGUGGCGGCGCUCUUCGUGUCCCUGGCCGUACUUUUGCAUGAUGGCAGUCAAAUAAGAGCCAAAGCAUCUCCAGAAACCAGACAUCAUCUUCAACUCCCUACAGCAGCAAUGGCACAGGCCGUAGGAAAACCUUCUCUCCUGCAACCAACUAACCAAGUGCUUCACAAAACUUUAGCAGCAAGAUCAACAGAUAGUUACAUUACCUCUCAAAUAGCUGCCACAAUAAAAAUUCCAACAACUACCCCCAUAACUACGAAAAGCACCCCAUCCACCAGCCCAAUCACCCACACCCUAGUCACAACCCAAACCACACUCAACAGCUCACACAUGGCUGCUCCAGUUACUGAAGCUACAAUUGGCCCCAGCUCAGCUCCUCAUUCACAGCCCCCCGCCAUCACCCCACCACUCCAUACAACUGGAACCAGCCUAUCAACUGUCAGCAACACAACUGGGAAAACCACCCAACCCAGUAACCACACCACCCUUCCAGCAACUUUGUCCCCAGCAUCACACAAAAGCACAACCAAUCAGAAGCCUAUUCAACCCACACUGGCCCCAGGAAAAACCACAGCUGUGCACAAUGCCACCCAAACAGCCUUGCCUGCCACCACAGUUCCUGGACCUACCCUUGAACCUCGGCCAUCAUCAGCCAAGAUAGGAAUUUAUCAGGUGCUAAAUGGAAGCAAGCUGUGUAUAAAAGCAGAGAUGGGGAUACAGCUUAUUGUUCAAGAAAAGGAAUCAGUUUUUUCACCUCAGAGAUACUUCAACAUCGACCCCAACGCAACCCAAGCCUCUGGGAACUGUAGCUCCCGAAAAUCCCACCUUCUAUUAAAUUUCCAAGGCGGAUUUGUGAAUCUCACAUUUACCAAGGACGAAAAAUCAUAUUUCAUCAGUGAAGUGGGAGCCUAUUUGACCAUCUCAAAUCCAGAGAAAAUUUUCCAAGGAAUGAAAAGUGCUAUGGUGAUGUUUGAGACAACAGUUGGGCAUUCCUUCAAGUGUGUGAGUGAACAGAGCCUCCAGCUGUCAGCCCAACUUCAACUGCAAACAAUGAAUGUCCAACUUCAAGCCUUUGAUUUUGAAGGAGACCACUUUGGAAAUGUGGAUGAGUGCUCCUCUGACUACACACUUGUGCUUCCUGUGAUUGGGAUCAUCGUGGUUGGUCUCUGCCUUUUGGGUAUGGGUGUCCAUAGAAUCCGUCUAAGGCAUCAGUCAUCUGGAUACCAGAGAAUCUAA